CUCGGGAUGGGCCUGGACUGGGGGCAACUGGUGUUAUUCAUCAUAUUUGUAGUAUUCGUGGACUUCAUCGGAGCUGGCUUGCUGGUGUCCACUUUCUUUUGGUAUAUAAGCAACAAAUACUUACGGCGCGACGCGGCGGCGCCCGACGUGGAGUGGGGCUACGCCUUCGACGUGCACAUCAACGCGUUCUUCCCGCCGCUGUCGCUGCUCCACUGUUUGCAGAUCGUGCUGUUCAACAGUCUAUUGAGCCACGACGGCAUCCUACCCUGCUUCGUGUCCAACACGUUCUGGCUGGCCUCCAUCAUCUACUAUCUCUACAUCACUUUCCUGGGAUACAGCAGUAAGUAA